AUGGGGAUGGCUGAGCAGGGAAACCCUGGCAGCAUUGCUGUGCUCUCCACGCAGGCUUCUCGCUCCAGCUCCUGCGCCGUCAUGGCAGUUAACCCGUCUGGCGCGCGGUGGCUGGCGGGCAGUGUGGGACGCAGCCGGGCGGCGAUACCUGCUGCUCUUUGUGAGGAGCAGCAGGAGCGAGCUAGGGGCCUUCUCUUUUCUUUUCUGUCCGAUUCCAGGUGGCACAAGCUACACUCCAAGGCUGGGAAGAAGGAGAAGGAGCGUGGCGAGAUCCAAGUGAGCAUCCAGUUCACACGCAACAACCUCACGGCCAGUAUGUUUGACCUGUCCAUGAAGGACAAGCCACGGUCACCCUUCGGCAAACUGAAGGACAAGGUGAAGGGCAAGAAGAAAUACGACUUGGAGUCAGCCUCCGCCAUCAUCCCUAGCAGCAUGGGCGCCCUCGACAUGGAGGAUGACUAUGACGUUGGGGGCAAGAAGUCCAAAGUCAAGGGCUUCUUCCUGAAGAACAAGCUUCGCAAGUCUUCCUUGACGCAAUCCAACACCUCCCUGGGAUCCGACAGCACCAUCUCUUCUGCCAGCCUGGGUAUGGCCGUAAAUGUUCCCGAAGUAACCAAAUCCCCGAGCAGACACAGCAGUCUGUCCAUGGAGCGCUCUGUUAAAGACUACUUGCCGUCUCCAAAAUUGACCCACAAGAGAGCGUUCAGUGACGAUGUCUCCCAGGUCAGCGCGGCACCAGAGCCGAAAGCAAUCCAAAGCCUGAAGCCAAAGAGCGAUCCCGUGUCCCGGUCCUCUCUCUGCAUCAACGGGAGCCACGUUUACAGCGACGAGCCUGCACCAAAGAGCCCCGUGUCUGCCCCGCAGAGCUCCGCGCCGCUGACCGUGCCCAGCGUCCCCAAAAGGCCGGAGGAGAGCUUUGGCUUCACCCCCCUCCAUCCCGACUCCCACGAGGUGCCUUGGGGGGUCAGCAACUUUGAGAGGAUGCAGCAGAGGGAUGAGCCCAGGUUCAUCCCGUCUCCUCCCAGCUUAGCCUUGCAAGAGGAGCUCAGGGUCUCCACUAAAGCCGUAACCCUCAGUAACCAUCUGGGCAGAGCCAGGAUGGAAGAAAACAGUCGCUUAGAGACCAAACCUACCCAAGUUGCAACACCCAUGGUCUUCUCCACAGAGAUGACAAAAGAAAAACAUCCUGAGGAAAUGAGGAAGGAAGACAAGAAAGCUAAGGGCAGUCUCUUCCUCCACGGAGGCAACAAGAGCGAUGCAGGGAGCAAAGGCCAGGGAGAGAAAGUGGCACCUUCCCAUGGUUCAUCCGUCCAAGCGAUGGCAGGUGGAGAUGAAAGAAAUAAGACCAGCGGCUGGUUUGGUUCAAAGGAGCCCAAAGAGUCCCCUCAGAAACCCAGUUUCCCGUCUGAGCCACAUGCUUCAACAGAGGUCGCUGGGAGCUUUUAUUCCUCUGAGGAUUGCAGUCCCUCUGCCUCCCUAAGAGUUAAAGAUCCAGAGAGGGAGUCUCCAGGCAAAAGCAUUUGUAUCCCCGUUCCAGAAACUACUCCCCCAGCACAAGGAGACCUUGCUCCUCCGGAUGAGAAACCUGCUGUUCCUCCUCCCCUCUCAGAGUGGGACGAUACCUUUGAUGCCUUUGCUACCAGCAGGCUCAAACCAGAACUGAAGAAAGAAAACUUAUUUGCUUCUGUAGCAGUGGAGGGCAUGGCUUUCAUUGACGAUCCAGAUGCAGCUAGUCCAACAGAAAGAUCAACCAACCUGGCUCACGAGAAUGGGACAAAGGUAUUUGAAAAGGCUGACUCCCAUAUCAUCAGUGAAAUGCCUGCAAGUCUACGGUCUUGGUCAAAUUUCUCCAGUUUAGACGUUGGGGCGAACUUGGUGAGCACAACCCAGGAAGCAACUGUGAUAGAAGAUGUGUUGAGCCCUGUGUCUGCAGGGUCAAUGGGAAGGAGGAAAAGCAGCACGCCUACGGUUUGGACAGCUACAUUUGCAUCAGGAAACCCAGGAGAGAAGGAAGCUUCAGCACAAUUAACUGCUGAAAACAUUGCCAGGGAGGAACGGGAUAGUAAUGAGGAGGAACUCACUAGUGCAGGGGAAAACGGAUGGAUGACCAUAGCCACAGAAACGGCUUCUGAUCUGUCAGAAAGCGCCCAAAAUGCAGUUGAGAGGCAACGCAGAGAAGAGGAGAGUGUGUUUGGACAACGGCCGUUACUUGAUGAAGGUGUCUUCGAAGAAAAGAGCGAUCCUCACGCUGCUGCGUGCAUACUGCCCAGAAGCAACUUCACCCCCCAGAAUCCCUCUGAAAUGCCUCCCGGGAGCAACAUUGCUGCUGUGACCCCACGGGUGCUCAGAGAUGUGGCAGUGAAACAAUUCCCCACGACACACAAACCGGAGAAGGCACCCCAAGGUGCUGGUAGCGAGGAGGAAAUGUUUGACAUACGGACAUCGGUCUACCGGCUCCAAGCUAGCAUGAGACUAGAGGCCAGUGAAAGUCGUGUAAAACUAGGCCCAGACGUUCGUGAGGGGCACACGGGCCCCCCUCUGUGGACUGGUAUCCGAGAGAGGGAGGAGACAGCAGCCGGCUCGCACGUGCUGACGGCCGCACCACCUCCCAAACCUCCGCGGUCGUUUGUGGCCGUGGGUGGCAGAGGGGAAGGCGAGGAGGAUGCUCCCAACCCACAGCCAGAGCCACAAGGUGGCGAGGACCGACAGGAAAAUGCAGAGGGCCCAAAGGUGGAAAUGGGGCUGCCUAGGGCCCAGCUGAGCUGCGAGCCCUCUGUCCCAGCAGUUCCCAUCCCGCCUUCACUCAGCACUGCAGGAACUGAGGCCAAGAGCAUGUUUCCGGUCACCGAGGAUGCCGACUCCGCUGCUGCGGACUUGGGGGCUAAUUUGGAGGCGAGAGCUAAUGAGCUGGCAAAAUGGGAUGUCUCUUUAGGGGAAAACCUGUCUGAGAGAAACGAUACGGAUGUGACCGAGCAGUUUGAGACUUGCCCGUCGAAAUUCUCCCUCAAUGGAUUAGGCCUAUCAGGUGCUGAUGGGAGCUCGAGCCAUCCAGGCUUAUCUGCUGUAAUUGGGGCCACCCAGCCACAGCCGCUCACCUCGAUACGCUCCUCUGGGCUGGCAGACAGUGCCGAGUGGCCGACAACCCCAGAGCAGGAGCUGUUCCCUGAGAAGCUCGUUGCCUCUGGACUAACCCCGUCUUCCAAACUAGACUCAGGCCAACCGGAAGUCUUCUGGACGGCUCUGGAAGAGCAAGAGCCGAUGGGUUGCCCUCCAGGUCCCAGCCAGGGUACUCCACCUGAAAGUGGGGUCCCUGCCGUGACCAGCCACGCAGCAGCCCAGCCCUGCCCUUUGCCGCAGUCCGGUGACACACAAGCUUCAGCACUCGUGGUUUUGCCCAGGGAGACACAGCCAGCUGAGAAGCCCCUUUUCCAGCAGACGACCAGUCCUCACCCAGUGAAACCCAUAAGCGCUACAGUGCAAGAGGUGUCCGGUGAGAAGAAGCAGCACAGGUCCAGCCUGACGAUGGCUCUGAGCAGUGGCUUGGAGAAGCUGAAAACAGUCACCACGAGUAGCGUCCAGCCCAUGGCACCAUUGACUCAUCCGGAAAAGACGGACUCUAAGACAUUAAAGGAUCCCACCUUAUCGGACCAGUCAGCCAAGUAUUAUCACUUGACCCAUGAUGAACUCAUCCAGCUCCUGCUGCAGAGGGAGAAGGAACUUAGCAAGAAGGAGGAGCACAUCCAUGAACUGGAGAAUUACAUUGACCGGCUGCUCGUGCGCAUCAUGGAACAGUCUCCCACGCUUCUCCAGAUCCCAUUGGGGGAAGAAAAGACCAAGUAACCUCUCUGCAGAGACCAGCAUCACUUGCCUAGAGCACUUCUCCAAUAAACAUGCUACAAACAUCCCUGCACUCCCCCCUCCUCUUACAAGAGGGCUCCAGUGGCUUAAGUUUGCAGAGUUUAGCAGGAAAGGUUAUUUGCUCCUCUCCAGCCCAAGCUUAUCCCAGCUCUGGCUCCAGGGAACUGUAGGGUGGUGGGCUAUCCUCCACCCUAUGGGGAGGAGCAGAGUCCUCCCCAGGAGGCCAAGGCCUCCUUUGGUUCCUGUCAUUGUGACCAAGUGGCAUCUUCUCAGGCACUCAUCCUGCCAGCGCUUUAAGUGGUCCAUGGAUGUUUGAGAGCCAGAAACCAGCCACCUAGCUCUUGUCUUCAUCCUGCUACUGCUGCUCUUCCUGCCCACCCUCCUCCACAACUCUGUUCUCUGAAAUGGUGUAUCCUGGCUGAUGGACAGCGUUAAACUGGUUGAUGCCGUAUUGGGGAUGCUUAAACUUGGUAAUGGUUUAGCUGCAUGUUACUGUCCACUGAGGCCGCUGGGUAGGGCAGCUAGAGGAAGAG